UCGGCUCCUUACAAUUACUACACGUUUGAUGGGAGACGAGUGGGUAAUGAGUGCACUUUUUCUUUCGAUUUCUCCGCGAGAUGCGUGAUUUUUUGGGUAUUCGAGUUUGACAUACGGAACGAACUUCCUUCCGAUUCGACUACAAGGCGGCUCAAGCAUCGGCCGUCGGCCAGCUUUGCCAAAUUCGUCGGGCGCCGGGAUCGUCCUUCGCCUCCGCCGCCACUGUGCUUGACGUGCCGAAAAACAAUUUUUCGGCACCGCAGCGGCGCGAUGGCCGAAGACACGGAUCACUAGUCCGUGGUCAAAGAUGCAGCAGUCGCCGACCAAGGGCAACGGCCCGAUCAGGGCCACCCUGCCGAUGGCAUCGCUUCUGCGGCACAACUGCAUCAAACUCGUCAGCCCCUGCUCGUCGCCCGUCUGGUCCGCCUCGGCGGCCAAGGUCUGUCCGGCAGACGCGCUGCUCUGCUCUGGACAGCGUAGUCCGGGCGCCUUUAACCAUCCCAAGACCAACACCGGCAAGAUAAUGAGACGCACGGCUUCCCUCGACGCAAUUUACCUCAAGGGCCAGUGGCCGCCCGAGGGACUGAGGAUGUACUGUGGGCACAUCCUCGUAGAUAAAGCUACACAGACUUCAGAAGACUGGAUUUGUGAACAGAAAAGGCCGAGUCGUUUUGUUGACUCGUACGAUGACAAACUAGAAAAAUACAUUAGGCAUAGACUCCAACAGAAGGGCUCCAGCAGUAGAGAAAGAGGCAGUCCGCUCGCAGCCGAUCACUCUGUGCUGUCCAGCUCUCAGCUCAACUCUGUGUGCAGUCCUGUGUUGCCAAGCAGCCCUACCCUGAGCCCAGCCUCCGCCAUCCCCAUCCCAAGCGCCUCCAAACCUGCAGUGCCUCGCAUGAGAAACUCUAUAGAAGGACUAAACCAAGAGAUUGAGAGACUGGUCUUGAAGACAGACGAAGACCUUCACCAAGAUGAAGAUAAAGCUUGCCAAGCCACACCUGAUGGUCACAAAGCACCCCUGGCAGAGAUGCUACGAUCGACGAGGUCUGUCAACACGCAGACACCGGCAUUCGACAGCACGCCCUCGUCAGGGCCACCAUCAUGUGGCUCCAUCUCGCCCGUCGUCUUGGGCUGCAUGGAAUUUUCAAGACCUACUAGUGGAGCCAGAGGGGGAAGUACUGGAUCGUCACCAGAACUGCACAGAUUGGGAACUUCGCCUCACAUUAACAGGUUUUGUGCUCGCGAACCACCCGACGGAUGUGAAAAGAUCAGCACCAAGGUCUUAAUAGAGGAUAAGAAUAGGAGACCUGCCCUAGAUAUCAGCAAAAUGGAUUUUGGCCCCCUAAAGCCGUCAGCAACAUUUCAACUUCGGCCCAGCUUGGGCUCAGCUUUCCAGCCACUGAGCCGAGUAGUGGGCCCUGAAGAAGAGGCACUCCUCGACGAGGCAGCUGGAGGCGAAGAGCAAACGGAGUGAGGGAAGCGCCUGAACAAUCAAGUGGACCAGCACACAUCUCAAGCCCAGUUGAUUUUUAUUUCAAAGUGCAGUUUUUGAGGUGGUUUUUAUGAUUACAACGUACACUAAUAUAUAUUGUAUCGAUUGUUUCUCUACUGUGAUGCCCAGCGUAGAUGACCCACCCAACCCAUCACCGCGUGAGUGUAAAAACAAACAGAACUCUACCCCUCUACCAUAGCCUAGUCUUUCUGUCAAAGCAGGGUUCGGCACGGCAGUUUAUCAGGGGAACAUUCAUCAUUGAUGUAUUAAAUACAUAGGCUCAUCUUAAUUUUAGGCUAUAUCAACAGGGAGGCACACAACUUUGCAGUGUCAGUAAACUAAUCAACUUUGAAAAAAAAAAUGAGUUUUGCGUGAAAGUUUAUCUUUCAAAUUUCAAGUGUGAUAGUGGCAAAUUUUGUCGAUAUAUAUUAUUUUAUCUCGAUUCAGUGGUAAGGUGGUUAGACAAACCUGAUUUUAAACUUAAACUUGCAUAGCUGUGUGGCCCGGCUAUUUUUAAAACCCUUUUUAGUUUGUUUGACGUUUGGGAUCAUGUACGCCUAUUCUAUAAUGAAUAUUCUAACCCCUGUUUCAGGUUAUUUUGUAAGGCUCCUUAUGUUGCUAACUGAUGAGAACAAAAGUACUUUUACAUACAAGAAUUUGAAAGGUUAGGGCUUUUUACGAGGACAAAAGCUAUUGAAGACAUGGUCUUUGACAAUAGUUUUUUAUCUGGUCAGAGAUAAAUAGACUAAAAAUCGGCCGAACCCUGCUGUGAAGUCAGUGCUUCUUUUUGCAUUUUCCAUACCUGAUUGCAACCAUUCCACUUCAUGGUUAUUUUUCUGCAGGCAAAAGAAUUAAGAAAUUCUAAAAUUUAAAACUUUUAUAUAUAUCAGACUUGCUGCAUUGUGGACCUGAAUUUGUUUGAAACACAGGCAAUUCAAAAUCACCUGACUCGACUGUUAUUGAUUAAUUGAGACGAAUAUUUUAAUUUACUACUGAUUGUGAGACUUCAUUAUAGGAUGAGAUACAUUCAUGCUGUAGAUAUUUUACAAUUCAAUAAUCUGCCGGCUUUUCCGAAAAGCAUUGUGGUGAUUCUUAAUUUUGUCUGCAUCUCUCAAUUAUUCAGUAGUCAUCGUAACCAACAAAACUGUAUGUAGCACAAAUGCAAUGAGAACACCAAGCAUUCCCAAUUAAUUGAUUGCUCAUGUUUCUGCUGCACAAAAUCAAUCGCUUUUACUCUCAAAAUCUUUGGUUAAAAAAUACUUCAACCCCCUACUUUGGUGCUGUUGAUCUCUCCAUAGCAUCCUGUUGCCUCACAGACAAUGCUAAAUUUGCUUUACAUGUUUAAUUCAUAAAAAAUUCAACUGUGCUAGGCUUUGUGAUUUCUCUUUAAGAUUUCAAUUCGACUGUUUUCAAACAUAGUAAUUAUGUUUAUACACAAAAUUUUAUGUUAUUUGAAUGUAGGACAACAGAGUUAUUUUAUUUUGUAAAUCCCCUUGCAAUUUAAUCAUAAUAUAUAUAUACAUUUACUUAUUACUAAAUAAUUUUGUCGCGUGGACUAGACAUUACGUUAAAACAUAAUACACACAAACACACACUUGUCAUGGUCUCUAUUAAUCCAUGUUCUGUCAUAUUUCUACAAUAGGAAAUAAAUCAAAAGCAACGGUAAAGUUGCUUCAAGCAAA